AAUCAGUUGUGAUCAUUUAGUUGUCAACUAUACAAGAUGAAAGUUAUCGCUAUUCUGUGCGCCGUCAUCGGCCUCUCUUACGGGUUUACCUUACCUGAACCCACAAACAGAGGUCUUGUACAAGAUGUAGAUGACUUUUUGGCUCUGAUCCCAGUUGACAAAAUAACUGCCAUCGUCAAGGAAUACAUUGCCAAUGACAAGGAAGUGCAACACAUUGUAGAAUACUUGAAAAGUGACAAAUUUGAAGUCAUUGUUGUCAAAAUCGCCGCCGUCCAAGAAAUCAAAGAUUUCGUCCACUACUUGGAAGGCAAAGGUUUGAAAGUCAUCGAGCUCUUGAACAAGAUUGCUGAACUUUUGGGUCUGCCCACCAUCCCAACCAGAAAUGCACCAACCACCCGUGGAUGGCGUGACAUGGCCGAUGAAAUCAUCGCCCUUUUGCCCUUGGACAAAAUCGUCGCCACUUUCUACGACAAGAUGGAGAACUCUCCUGAAUUCGCCGAAGCUUUCCAAAAGAUUGCUGACUCCUAUGAUGUAUUCGCCAAGAUCGCCAAAUUCCCAGAAGUCAUUGAAUUGGCCAACCGUCUCCGUGAAUUAGGUGUUGAUGUAGAUGCCAUUAUUGAUUUCUUCAAAAGCUUCUUCGGAUGGUCUCGCCAAGCCCGUGAAACCCGCGGACUUGUACAAGAUGUUGAUGAUUUCUUAGCUCUCAUCCCAGUUGACAAAAUCGCCGCCAUCGUCAAGGAAUACAUUGCCAAUGACAAAGAAGUCCAACAUAUCGUAGAAUACUUGAAAAGUGACAAAUUUGAAGUCAUUGUUGUAAAGAUUGCAGCUGUCCAGGAAAUCAAAGACUUCGUCCACUACUUGGAAGGAAAAGGCUUGAAAGUCAUUGAGCUGUUGAACAAAAUUGCUGAACUUUUGGGUCUCCCAACCAUCCCAACCAGAAAUGCACCAACCACCCGUGGAUGGCGCGACAUGGCCGAUGAAAUCAUCGCGCUAUUGCCUUUGGACAAAAUUGUUGCCACUUUCUACGACAAGAUGGAGAACUCUCCUGAAUUCGCAGAGGCUUUCCAAAAAAUUGCUGACUCUUAUGAUGUAUUCGCCAAGAUCGCCAAAUUUCCAGAAGUCAUCGAAUUGGCCAACCGUCUCCGUGAAUUGGGUGUUGAUGUAGAUGCCAUCAUUGAUUUCUUCAAAAGCUUCUUUGGAUGGUCUCGCCAAGCUCGCGAAACCCGCGGACUUGUACAAGAUGUUGAUGACUUCUUAGCUCUCAUCCCAGUUGACAAAAUCGCCGCCAUCGUCAAGGAAUACAUUGCCAAUGACAAAGAAGUCCAACACAUCGUAGAAUACUUGAAAAGUGACAAAUUUGAAGUUAUUGUUGUCAAGAUUGCAGCUGUCCAGGAAAUCAAAGACUUCGUCCACUACUUGGAAGGAAAAGGCUUGAAGGUCAUCGAACUGUUGAACAAAAUUGCUGAACUUUUGGGUCUCCCAACCAUCCCAACUAGAAAUGCACCAACCACCCGUGGAUGGCGCGAUAUGGCCGAUGAAAUCAUUGCCCUCUUGCCUUUGGACAAAAUUGUUGCCACUUUCUACGACAAGAUGGAAAACUCACCUGAAUUCGCCGAGGCCUUCCAAAAGAUCGCUGAUUCUUAUGAUGUAUUCGCCAAGAUCGCCAAAUUCCCCGAAGUCAUCGAAUUGGCCAACCGUCUCCGUGAAUUGGGUGUUGAUGUAGAUGCCAUCAUUGAUUUCUUCAAGAGCUUCUUCGGAUGGUCUCGCCAAGCCCGUGAAACCCGCGGACUCGUUCAAGAUGUUGAUGACUUCUUAGCUCUCAUCCCAGUUGACAAAAUUGCUGCCAUCGUCAAAGAAUACAUCGCCAACGACAAGGAAGUCCAACACAUCGUAGAAUACUUGAAAAGUGACAAAUUUGAAGUCAUUGUUGUCAAAAUCGCUGCCGUCCAAGAAAUCAAAGAUUUCGUCCACUACUUGGAAGGUAAAGGAUUGAAAGUCAUCGAACUUUUGAACAAAAUUGCCGAACUUUUGGGUCUCCCAACCAUCCCAACCACAAGCGCACCAGCCACCCGUGGAUGGCGCGACAUGGCCGAUGAAAUCAUCGCCCUCUUGCCUUUGGACAAAAUUGUUGCUACUUUCUACGACAAAAUGGAAAACUCACCUGAAUUCGCCGAGGCCUUCCAAAAGAUCGCUGACUCCUACGAUGUAUUCGCCAAAAUUGCCAAAUUCCCAGAAGUCAUCGAAUUGGCCAACCGCCUUCGUGAGUUGGGAGUUGAUGUAGAUGCCAUCAUUGACUUCUUCAAGAGUUUCUUUGGAUGGAACUAAGUAAAACUUGUUGUAAACUAUGAUUAAAACAUUAUUGUAUUUUAUUAUUUUAAAUACACUUUGUUAGCAAAAAUA